UCUCAAAAUAAAAAUUCAAGGCCUUGAAAGUCCUUGAUAAUUGUAGUCAGUGCUGGAAAGUCCUUGAAAUUUGUAGCUAAUUUAAUCCAACUUAGAUUCUAGAGUGCCUUAUCUGAAAAUAUAUGCAACUGGCACAAACGUAGCAACACAUAAUAGUAAGAUACAAAUAACAAACGAUCGUAACGCCACUCCGCAUGUCGAUCAAUCGCCCAUCUCCAUUUGUCCUGUUCUUGGUUCUAUUAAUCACUCUGAUUGGUUGAAUGUCUCGAAUGUCAAGGGCCAAUCAAAUGUUUUGUACUAUUCCCUCUUUCUGAGAAAAGCCAUGUGCUUUGAGUGCUUUCCUUGUCUGGGUUAGUGUUGAUUGUUUGCGUUUUGUUUCACGAGUGAGAGAUUUAAAACAAUGGGCAAGUGUGUUUUCAGCAACUUGUGGCUUCAGAAAUCACUGUAUAAAGAUUGGCUUCGAGAAGUCAAGGGUGACAAGCACAAGGCACGAUGCAUCGUGUGUAUGAAGGAUGUUGACAUUUCGAGCAUGGGAGAGUCAGCGCUCACAAGUCACUUGAAAGGAAAAAAACAUCAAACACUGACAUCCCAGAAAAGGUCAUUAGCAAGCGUUCCAGAUUUUUUUGGCGUUUCUUCUCAACAACCAGCAACUACAAGUGACGAUGCCAAAGAAGUUUCAAAAUCCGCUUCGUCUGAAAGUGGCGAACACAACACGCUCAACCCCACAAAGUCUAGUACUACGAGUUCAUCUGGUUCAUCGGUGAUGGAAAGAAUUGUCACUCGUGAUGAGACUUUGAAAGCAGAAAUUUUGUGGGCAUUGAAGGUGAUAAUGUCUCAUUACUCCUAUAAAUCAUGCGAAGGUACGAGCAAAUUGUUUCAAGCGAUGUUUCCUGACAGUCGGAUCGCGAGUCAGUUUACAUGCGGAGAAAAGAAAUGUGCAUACUUGAUCUGUUUUGGGCUCGCUCCACACUUCAAACAACUUUUGAAGGACGUUGUGAAAAAAGAAGAAGCUUAUGUACUUAUGUUUGACGAGAGCCUGAAUAGCGUGUGCCAGUCAAAGCAAAUGGAUAUUCACAUUCGUUCAUGGAAUCGUGACAAACACGAAGUUGAAAGUCGCUAUUAUACCUCAGUGUUUAUGGGGCAUGGAACAGCAGAGGACAUGCUUUCUCAUUUUCGUUCAGGCAUAGAAGGAAUUCCUCUCAAAAAAGUUUAUCAGUUGUCAAUGGAUGGACCCAACGUUAAUUGGAAAUUUUACAGUAUGCUGACUGAUGAGGCAAAAAGGGAGCAUAAUAGUCACAUGCUGAACAUUGGCAGAUGUGGUUUACACAUUCUUCAUGGAGCAUUCAAGGAUGGUGCUGUGGCAUCAGGAUGGCAGUUAGACAGGUUGUUCUCUAGCCUUCACUGGCUUUUUCAGGACAGUCCGGCAAGGAGAGAGGACUACACCAAAGUAACAGGAAACUCACUGUUUGCUUUGAAGUUCUGCAAACAUAAGUGGUUGGAGAAUGUCUUGGUUGCAGAACGUACACAGAGUAUGUGGGACAGUGUUGUCAAGUAUGUUCAGAGUGCAAGGGCAGGAAAAGUUCCACAGCCACAGAAUAAAUCCUUUGAAACUGUACAAGAGUUUGUUGCAGAUCCCUUUACGACUGCAAAAGUCGCUUUCUUCCUAUCAGUAGCCAAGCAAGUGACACCGUUUUUGACACUCUAUCAAACCGACAAGCCUAUGCUUCCUUUCCUGGCUACAGACCUGUACAGCAUGCUUGGGGGAUUAAUGAGAAGAUUUAUUAAGACCACUGUUAUCAGUGAAGCCAAAACCCCAUUGAAGCUUACAAAACUUGACCCUGCUGACUCCAGCAUUCAUGCCUCUCAUUCCAAGAUUGACCUGGGGUUUACAGCUGACAAGAAGAUCAAGGAGUCGAUUGCAAAGUCCACAGUUUCAGAGAAAAGACACCAAUUCAGUAUUCCCGUAUAA